AUGGACAGUACUUUAAUCCAACGCCAAUAUCAUCUCAAGCAUUGUGUCCCCUUAUCAAGGCUCCGAACAUCCACCAACGCCAAUCAAAACCCAUUCUCCAAUUUGGGUUUCUGGGUCUCCAAAGUCUCUGGAGGUUUUUGCUUGAAGAGCAUUCAGUAUAACGAUCACGAUAUGCCCGUUAAGGAUUGUGCUUUCUGUGCUUCCUCACCUGAGCAUGAAGAUGAAGAGGAAGGUAAAGCUUCAAAAAUGGGGAGCUUCAUUCAGAGGAUAGAAGCUGCCGUGGAAGAAGAAAAGGACACAAGAAAUAGAGGUAAGAUUGAAACUUCUGCCAAUACGAGCCAGGAUAAUAGUCGCGAGAGCAGUUCUAGCUCCGAUAUAUUCUCCUCGACGGGAAAUGAAGAACAGAGUCGGAGCAGUUCGGAGGAGUCGACGUCAUCUUCGUCGCCGCCUUCAGUGAAAAAGCCGGUUCAUCAGAAAAAUCCUGCUCCAGAGCUCACCCUUUCUCGUUCAAUUGUUCAUGGCGAUCAAAAGCGUUUCCACAUUAACAAACAGGACUCUGAGAUAUCCGAGAUAGAGAUGAUGAAGGAAAGGUUUGCAAAACUGUUACUUGGCGAAGACAUGUCUGGCUGCGGAAACGGGGUUACUACAGCGUUGGCUAUAUCAAAUGCCAUAACCAAUCUAUGUGCCACACUGUUCGGGCAAAUUCUGAGACUGGAGCCUCUACCUCAGAAGAAGAAAGCAAUGUGGAGAAGGGAGAUGGAGUGGUUUCUUAGUGUAAGUGAUCAUAUCGUUGAAUUGGCUCCUAUUUGGCAGACUUCUGCAGAUGGAAGUAAGGUGGAGGUCAUGGGUAGCAGACCUCGGUCGGAUCUUUAUGUCAACCUUCCAGCUUUACGCAAACUAGAUAACAUGCUUCUUGAUAUAUUGGACAGUUUUGUGGAUACAGAGUUCUGGUACGUGGAUCAGGGGGUUGUUUCUGCCUCAGAUAAUGAAGAUUCAUCUUCUGCUUUAGGAAGAAGACUUAAGCAUCAUGAGGAAAAAUGGUGGCUUCCUGUUCCUCGAGUCCCUCCUUCUGGUCUUCGUGAACGUGUAAGAAGGCAAUUACAGCAUAAACGAGAUUGCACCAACCAAAUACUAAAGGCUGCCAUAGCCAUCAACACCAUUACUUUAGCUGAAAUGGACAUUCCAGAGUCAUACCUAGAAUCUCUUCCAAAGACGGCACGAGCUGGCUUGGGCGACCUUAUUUAUGGGUACAUAGCGUCAGAUCAGUUUGCCCCUGAGAGCGUAGUAGACUGUCUUGAUGUAUCCUCUGAACAUCAAGCCAUGGAUGUUGCUAAUCGAGUAGAAGCUUCCAUUAACAUUUGGCGUAGAAGGGCUAAUUCGAAACCUGUGAACGGCACAGCCAGAUACAGCUCAAAAACAUCAUGGGAAAUGGUCAAAGAUCUGAUGGUUGAUGGAGACAAAUGGGAAUUGUUCGCUGAGAGAGCAGAAAGCAUUAUUAUAUCCUUGAGACAACGAUUCCCUGGUCUCCCCCAAUCAAACCUAGAUAUUAGCAAAAUUCAAGACAACAAGGAUGUUGGGAAGGCAAUUCUAGAGAGCUAUUCAAGGGUACUGGAGAGUUUGGCAUUCAAUAUAGUAGCACGUAUCGAUGAUGUACUUUAUGUGGACGACUUGACAAAACAUUCAGGGGAUCGUUUUCCAGUGCCUAUGCCAAGCACUCCAUCUAGGAUGUGUCUCACACCAACAUUAACUCCUCCAAGAACGAUGAAACCUUCCAAGGAAGAAAAAACUCCAAUCAUCAAUAGCACGACGAAGAACAAUAUCGUUUCCCAACGAGGGGGAGGAGCCAAGAGAGUUUUGACAGAUUUUUUUACCAUUGAUACCAAAGGGCAAAGUCAUCGGAACUCAAUUUGAUCAUCCCCUCAAGAUACUGGACCAGGGAUAGCAAACUGUCUUUGGAUGAAUUUGUUGUAGAUGAAAAAGAAUAUAUGAAGAAACUACUUGGAGCCUGAUUUCAAAAUAUUGGCAUUAGCUUAGGUAGAUAUGUAGUUUGUAGAGUAUUAAAAUUUCACGACGAAGACGAUUCUAACUGGCUUUUAUUCUUUCUUUUCUUUUUGCUUUGAACU